AAUAGAGAUUAGAGAACAGAAAGUGUCUAUGGUGAUCAAAGAAGAACGAGGUGAGCGUUUUGGAUAAAAAUUCUAACAAAUUUGAUAACUUAUCUCACACAGCAAACUUGUUUAGAAUAAAGAUAAAUUCACGGUCAAGAAUUUUUUCAUCAAGGGCUGAUACAUAGUAAAAAUGGCUGUAAAUGUGUAUUCUACGAACGUUACGUCAGAAAAUCUAUCGCGGCAUGAUAUGCUAGCGUGGGUGAAUGAUUGUCUCCAGUCAAACUUUGCAAAGAUCGAAGAGUUGUGUACAGGUGCCGCCUAUUGCCAGUUCAUGGACAUGCUGUUCCCUGGCAGUGUACCAAUGAAAAGAAUCAAAUUUAAGACAAAUUUGGAACAUGAAUAUAUACAGAACUUUAAAAUAUUACAAGCUGGUUUUAAAAAGAUGGGUGUGGACAAGGUAAUACCAGUAGACAAGCUGAUUAAAGGCAGAUUUCAGGACAACUUUGAAUUUUUACAAUGGUUUAAAAAAUUUUUUGAUGCUAACUAUGAUGGUCGGGAUUACUAUGCUUUUGAGGCUCGCUGCGGUAUCCCACUAGGUUCUGGCAUUUGUGACCCGGGUGUUCCAUUAUGUGGCAUCAUGCAGCCUCCACCAACGAGAGCACGCCGACCAGCGCCCAUACAGCAUUCGGGCAUUGGGAAAGCUAAUACAACAGUCAGAUCUCCACCAGUUAAUUUGUCACGGAUAAGUCAAAGUGCCAAGGGUGAUUCGAAAGUUGUGGAUGAAUUAAACCAUCAGAUAAACGAAUUGAAAGCCACAGUCGAUGGAUUAGAAAAAGAGAGAGACUUCUACUUCGGUAAGCUUCGGGAUAUAGAGGUGAUCUGUCAAGAGAUGGAAGAACAACACAAUGCUCCUAUAGUGCAAAAGAUUCUUGAUAUUUUAUAUGCCACUGAGGACGGUUUUGCGCCUCCCGAGGAAAUAGACGGCGACAACCCUCACCCGCCAGAAGAGGACGAAUAUUGAAACAAGACAAUACGACAUCAACGCGUAUCAUAGUGCUCUUGUAUAUUAUAUCAAACGAAAUUAUAUCGCUUAACAAUCAUUGACAAUAUUGAGUGCUUAGUAUUUCACAGCCAACGAGUCGUAACAUACUAGGUCGGUCCAUUGACACAUUGACCUUUAGCUUUUCUUGUGUAUUAAAUUUUAACACGUUUGUUAAUUCUAGUAUGUUUAUAAUUAACUUGUCAAAACGACUGUCUAUAUUUGGAUGGUCGCGGAUAUGUUAUACAUUUUCCUUAUGUAUUAUAACAUUUUUGAAUUAUGUAACGUGUUAAAAUUUAAUUUAACAUAUAUAAAAUAUUAUUUUCAUCUGUAAUUUCCUUCUCUGAUUUUUGCACAAAAGUAAUUUAUCAUCCAUAUGUUUAUUUUAUAGGAAUUUUUAGACCUACAAUUAUUGAAAUAGCUUAAUAAUGACUAGCGGUAUUGUAAAAGUUAGUCUUUCAAGUAACAAUAAUUUAUGUAGGUUCCGUAGGUAGAUGAGUAAUAAUAACAUUGUAUCGUGCAUGUAAAUCUAUGUUGUAUUUUCGCAUGGCUGUGUCAUACCUAAGUGCAUACCGAAUAAAUUAUUUGGGGGCGACAUUUCUCGACUGAAUUUCUAAUUUCGUGUGUAUUUUCGGAGGUUUGAAGUAUAAAUGAAUGGCGUUGAGGUUUCGCGUUUGAGAUUGAGUAAUGUGCAAUGAACCGCGAAAUGAGAUGCUUUUUCUCGUAUCUACUACAUUUCUGGGCCACUAUUGCCUAAAUAAUGUGCAUUUAAUAGUUUGUUAAUUAUUGGAAGAGAUUUACUGUUACUUGUUCAGUUCUGUUAAUAAAUAACAAAGUUAGCCAAAAUUAAAUGUUACAAUAUUAUCUCGUAUUAUUAUGGUUUGUAAUUAGAUCUGAAAUUCUUAGUUUUCAUGGAAAUUUAUUUUGUUCUCUGCAAUUUGAAUAACCAUGCUAGUAAAUCGUUACAUACUUAUUUUUCGUUUUAAUACUAACAUUAGUUAUACGUAAGGUAUACUAAUAAAUAAUAAUUUAGUAUAUUUUAUUGGUAAAGCAUCUUAAAAGCGGGACACUAACGACUUGUUGGCGGAAGAUGUUCGCUGGUUAAGAUAAAGAUAGAUAAUUUAUUUACUUCAGCAUUCGUAAAUUGCCUUAACUUCAGAUAUAUUAAUUGCGUCUGAUUUUCAGAUUGUGAAUGUCUUAUCGAAUAAAUAACUUUUAUUGA